AUUAUAGCUACUUUCUUAUAUACAGCUAAAAAUAUAUUUGAAGUCUGUAGUGGAAAAGCGUCUGGUUGAAAGAGAGUGUGAUGUUUCCCAGCACAAAAAGAACGUGCAUAGGGAAUUGUGGGAUGUUAUGAUGGCCAUGUUAAUGUUAGAGAAUUGGUAUAUACAUGUAAGCUCUUGUGAAAUAUUGGUGGAUAGAGGGUGUGUUCGGUUAGACCAUAUGAUCGACAGGUAUAGAUAAGGAGGAGCAUUUAUAGAAGUUUGUCCAGACUUUUGAAAAGUCAACAUGAGUCCCCCGGUUUGAUGAGUGCCAACUUCCUGGUGGGUUUGAUGAGUGCCAACUUCCUGGUCAGUUUAAAGUACUCCAAGUGAUUUCUAUUGUUGUCAAAGAUGACACUAACAAGCAGAUCACGACACAAGGAAAGUACAUGAUAAGCUGUAUUAAGCUAUAUUAGAUGUGGAUAAUUUGGUUUUAAAAAGUUUCAUGUGAUAUUCGGAAAACUAUUUUCAGGACUGUGACGGAGAAUUGCUCAAAAUGACUAGCAAUAAUGCUCGACCACCAGUACAGAAAAAACUAGUAAUAGUAGGUGAUGUAGGAUGUGGUAAAACAUGUCUAUUAAUAGUCUUCGUUAAAAAUGAAUUCCCAGAGGAACGUAUACCAGUCCUUGAAAAUUAUGUACUUGAUAUCUUUGUGGAUAACCAACAUGUUGAAAUGUCAUUAUGGGAUACAGCAGGACAAGAAGAAUAUGAUCGUCUGCGACCAUUAUCUUACUAUAACAGUGAUGUUGUGCUGAUGUGCUUUAGUCUCGACAACGAAGCUAGUUUUUAUAAUGUUUCUGAAAAAUGGAAACCUGAAGUAAGCCAUUACAUACCUAGAGUACCAAUAAUCCUUGUUGGAACCAAAAAAGACUUAAGAACUAAAUCUAAUUCAGUCGCUGAACAAGUUACAUAUGAAAAAGGUCUCGAAAUGAAAGAGAAGAUCCAGGCACAUGAAUAUCUUGAAUGCUCAUCCAAAACAAGAGGAGGGGUUAAAGAAGUGUUUGAAGCUGCUACUAGAGUAGCUCUUAAGAAUAAUCUAAGGAAACCAAAUGCUAGGAUAUGUAAAAUUUUGUAAUAUUUAUAUACCAGAAUUAAGCUGAAACUGUUGCGUUUCCCUUUUCAACGCUAUUCGGGCUCGUCUCAGUCUAAGCACGUAAAUCAAAAGAAUAACAAAUUCAUUAAUAAAUUACAUAAACUUUAUUCAACAAAUAUUUAUAAUAAAUACUUACAUAAUACAAAUUACAAUGAAUAGAUAUAUUAAAUAGUCUUUACAAUAAUGUUCAUUUAUAGCUCAUAUUUAUAUUUAUACAAUUAAUAAAAGUCAUUUACUUUAAUAAAUAAAUGUAACGAG